GUUUUAAUUGUAGGAUAGUUUGUAUAGGAUAGCUUUUAAAGGUUAAAAUGUUUCGAUAUUUUUGUCCGGGCAUUUGGAUGGCAUUGGUUUGCCUGCCGCUGGUUUGCAGUGCGUGUCCAGCCCAAUGUAACUGUUUCUUCCACAAAUUAAGUGACGGAUCAAAAUCAAGGAGUGUGCUUUGCAAUGAUCCAGAAAUCACUGCAGUCCCCCCCAAUUUUCCUGUUGACACCUCUAAAUUAAGAAUUGAGAAGACGGCUAUCACAAGGAUUUCCAGUGAAAACUUUCACUACCUCAAAAACCUGGAAUUUAUGUGGAUGUCCUUUAACUCUUUGAGCUCUCUGAGUGUUGACAGCUUCCGUGGUCUGUAUAGUUUGGAUGAACUGAGGCUAGAUGGAAACUCGCUUACCUCUUUUCCCUGGGAGUCUUUGACUGACAUGCCCAACUUAAGGCUUCUUGAUCUGCACAACAACAAGAUCACAUCCAUCCCCACCGAAGCCUCCAUGUACAUCAAAAAUAUAACCUAUUUGGACUUAUCAAGCAACAGCCUGACAACUGUCCCCCCUGAGGUUCUCACCACAUGGCUGAGUUUGAAGCCAUCCCAGGACGAUUCCUCCAAACUGAUUCUUGGUCUCCAUGAUAAUCCCUGGCUGUGUGACUGCCGGUUGUAUGACCUUAUCCAGUUCCAUAAGUCGCCCUUCUCGCCUGUAGCCCUCAUAGAUACCCGAUUGCGCUGCACUGACCCAGAGAGCCUGUCAGGUGUCCUGUUCAGUGAGGCAGAACUUCAGAGAUGCCAAAGGCCUCGUGUUCACACAGCCGUGGCUCGUGUCCGCAGCUCCUUGGGGAAUAAUGUGCUGCUUCGCUGUGGGACCAUUGGGGUCCCAAUCCCCGAGCUGUCCUGGACCCGAGCCGACGGCAAGAAAAUGAAUGGCACUGUACAGGAAGAAGCUUCCAAGGAUGGAAUAAUUUGGUCCAUCCUAAGCGUGCCUGCUGUUUCAUACCAUGACUCUGGGAGAUAUGUCUGCAAAGCCACCAACUUCAUGGGGACUGCAGAGGCCAUAAUUUCCCUGGUCAUCACAGAUUCAUUUAGAUCAGAGGAAACGGGUGGAGGCUCCAGAAGGAACAGAGGGAAGAAAAACGGAGGUAUUGGAAAAGCUGCCUACCAGGAGAAGCUCAUUGCUAGAUAUGUCCCACCACCAACAACUAUGGCUGCUCAGCCUAUUAUCGAGCCUCUCAAUGGCUUCACUGGUAAGUAUGAGAUUGAGAGCUACAGUAUUUCUGACAGUGUACCAGAUGGACAGACCGGUGUCCCCAGCACAGUUGAGCCAAUAGAAGUGGAGAAGGCAGUGCUUAGCAAUCUGGCAGCCAACACCUCCUCCCUACAGCAGGCCCCGGAGAGAAGGGUGGUGCGCUCAGUAAAGGUGAUAGGGGACACCGACCACACAGUCUCCCUGAACUGGCGAGCCCCAACAGCCACCAACACCACCGAGUUCAGUGUCCUAUAUGCUGUUUUUGGAGAAAGGGAUAUGCGUCGGAUUAAUGUUGGAGCAGGCAAGAACCGAAUCACCAUCGACGGCCUAGUGCCAAAGACAAAGUACAUUGCCUGUGUCUGCGUCAAAGGCCUGAUCCCCAAAAAGGAGCAGUGUGUAAUCUUCUCAACGGACGAAGCUGCUAGCGCCAGUGGCACCCAGAAGCUCAUUAAUGUAGUGGUGAUAACCGUGGCCUGCGUUAUCGCUGUCCCCCUGACAUUGAUUGUCUGCUGCGGAGCACUGAAGAAACGCUGCCAAAAACUGUUGGGGAAGAAGUCCAAGGAGAUGCAAGACUCUUACGUCACCUUUGAGACGCUCUCCCCAGGGACCAAGACAAAGGGUACAGAGGCGGAGUACCUGACCAAGCUCAACCCAGAUGAAUCCAACAGACUCCUCUCUGCCAGGUCAAGUGUGGACUCCGAGGCCACAGCCAGGACUGAAGGGCCACCAAACGAAUACUUCUGCUAAUACUAAAUGUUGGUCUCAAAAUAUAGAAAGUACACUUAGAGUGAUCUCUUCAGGCUGGCGAUAUUCACUGUAACUAUCACACGACCAAAUGAGAGAGACUGUAGGAAAAUGAGAGGGAACCAUAAAUCUUUCUGCAAAAGGGUGUGCAAGGCUAUUUGAGUGUAGUUGUAUGUAAAGUAAAUGUUCACUUAACUUUCAUUUUACAGCCUUGGACUAAUAUAGGCCAACUUGUGAACUUGUACAAAAGGGAAAUUAUUUCAGUGUAC